UGGUGUCAACUGUUACAAGUUAAUGCACUAUUAAUCUUUAGACUGUAGUAAUAACCCCCCCACCAGAGGAACACAAUCAACUUUCCCUCGAACUGUCAAAAUCGCUUGUUGCUUCCUACCCUAGCCUUAAAAGUAGUUAGCGAGCUAGCGUGUAGCGACUUAUAGCGCUUCAGGAAAAACCUAUUAAGCGAGCGAAAAAGUUUGCCGCUAAAGAGAAAUUGUGACAAGCGUUAGUUGCAGAUCGUUUUCGCCGUCCUGUGCCAAGCUGCGGGUCCUUUUCCAAACGAGACAGCUCUGGAGACGCGUCGGUGGCGGCUGAAGUGCAGCUGGAUGUGACAGGUUCGUCAUCAGAUCACCGACAGAAAGUGCCUUGUGAGAAAACAUCCGUACUUGAAGAUCACUGAGUGUUUCUGAAGAGCUCCAGAUUUUUCCAUCUGAAGUCGUGACAGGACAGCUCCCCUGACUGGUGGUUUGUCCUUAACCUGUGAUCUGUUUGAAGAAACUUUGAGUUAAAAGGCAACGCUGCUGCACUGCUGGCCGAGGUGCCAAAAUUUAAAGAGAGUAUAUACUGAAGACUUCACACAUUAGAAAGCCUCAAACUCUUGUGUUGUCCUAAACUGUGCCAUUGUACCUCAAAAUAGGAUUAAUUUUGCUCCCUAUCCUUCAUCCCUGCAAAGACAUCGACACUCAUAAAGAGGACAUUUUGAGGACAUUGGUACAACCAGUAUAGGUUGUCCCCAGGCAUGCGCCCUCUGCGUUGUCAGAGGUCUGCACCUGAGACUUAUUGACUGAUGAACAAGCUGUUUGACUGACAAACCCCACAACAUUGCCGUUCGUGUAUUUCCAUGCUCAGGUCACAGAGACUUUGCCAGUCCAUUACCUCGACUUCUCUGUCUGCAAGGGCAGACCUCAUCCACUGACCUGAAGCAGACUAUUUAUAACUACAUGUUUCAGCAGUUUUAGCUGUUGUGUUUUAUUUUAUUUUAUUUUUCAUUUCAUUUCCCGUAACGCUCUGAAACACCUCAGAGGAUCGCCUCCGUAAAGCAAGCGGCCCCCUCUCGUCCCUAGCUCUACAGCCAUUGCUCUUGACAUGGCUCUAAACAUAGCCUCGAUACGGGACACAAAAUGGCUGACCCUGGAAGUGUGCCGGCAGUUUCAGAGAGGUACUUGUUCACGCAGUGAUGAAGAAUGCAAAUUUGCCCACCCACCCAAAAGCUGCCAGGUGGAAAAUGGGAGGGUGAUCGCCUGCUUUGACUCAUUAAAGGGCCGCUGCACGAGAGAGAAUUGCAAAUACCUCCACCCACCUGCUCACCUGAAGACCCAGUUGGAGAUCAACGGGAGAAAUAACCUGAUCCAGCAGAAGACAGCGGCCGCAAUGUUGGCUCAGCAGAUGCAGUUCAUGAUCCCCGGCACCACCAUGCAGCCUGUGCAGACGUUUCCAGUCAGCCAGGGUCUGGGUACCAGCGCAGGUUUGAGCUACACACCUUACCUGACUCCGAUGUCGCACAGCAUGGGUCUGGUUCCCACGGAUAUCCUGCCCAGUACCCCCGUCAUCGUCCCCGGCAGCCCACCUGUCUCGGUGACCGCCGGCUCAUCCUCCAACCAGAAACUUCUGCGUACCGACAAGCUAGAGGUUUGCCGCGAGUUCCAACGAGGCAACUGCGCCCGCGGCGAGACGGACUGCCGCUUCGCCCACCCGAGUGACAGCCCCAUGAUCGACACCAGCGACAAUACGGUCACCGUCUGCAUGGACUACAUCAAGAGCCGCUGCUCCCGCGAGAAGUGCAAGUACUUCCACCCGCCGGCCCACCUGCAGGCCAAGAUUAAGGCCGCCCAACACCAGGCCAACCAGACAGCUGUGGCUGCGCAAGCUGCCGCCACAGCUGCAGCCAUGACUCAGUCGACUGCCAAAGCAAUGAAGCGACCCCUCGAGGCAACUGUAGACCUGGCGUUCCCUCACAGUGUCCUCCAGCCCCUACCAAAGAGACCAGCACUUGAGAAGAGCAACGGAGCGAGCUCCCUGUUCAACCCCAGUGUUUUGCACUACCAGCAGGCGCUGGCCAACGCACAGCUCCAGCAGCCCGCUUUCUUUCCCACAGGGUCAGUCUUGUGCAUGACUCCUGCUAGCAGUCUUGUCCCUAUGAUGUACAGUGCUACGCCUGCUACUGUCUCUGCAGCAACAACUCCUGCCACAAGUGUCCCCUACGCAGCAACAGCACCAGCCAAUCAGAUCAUCCUGAAGUAAGCAUCAGGAGGGGAAUGGAGUGUCACGAAGCUGCACUAGGAAACCCAAAACAGCCCCUCUGUAAAUACUACCUUGCCUCUCCCAUUGAGGUCCAACAACCUGCAUGCUAAGAGUGUACCACUUCAAUUUAACCAUAAGAACUGCAGUGCCGGUGUAACACACAGAAAAAAAAGAUAUAUACUGUAUGUAUUGCUAGAAAAGAAACUAUUAACAUGAAAAAGUCAGAAAUAUUCUUAUGUAUAGUGCAUACAUAGCAGAUACACUAUAGAGGUCAUUUUAACACCAUGGAUUCCCUCCUCUUGCAUAUUUAUUAUAAAAACCUCUGCACAACGUUAACCCCUUUUCAUUAGUUAAACCAGAUGUUUGGUUUGCACUCUGUGGGACAUUCAGUGCGUAACGUCGAAGCGGAAAACAGGAAGCGUCACAGGAAACCCAUGCACAACCACACCUUCACACGCUGCGCUUUCAGGAGUUUAAUUUUUUCUUUUGUCUCACACUUCGUUGGAUGUCCUCGGGGUGGACAGACUCGUGUUUACUUAACGUGGGUUCGUCCCCGACCCUCACCUGCCCCAGAUGCUGUUAGGAUACCAUGAUGAAGCUCAUCCUCCCCUCCAACAUUUCAUCAGACAUCUUGCCAAAGCUGCAGCUUGGACGAGGUUGGUUGAUUCAAACCUGCCAUGAAGCAGAGCCACGUUUUAACACCCUUCUAAAUUAUUAUUAUUUUUGCCAUUGCCCGUGCUGCAAAUACAACACACUCGCCAUUUGAGAGGAGCAGAGGGAUAACACAGGCAGUCCAAACAGGAGAAGAUGCAGCCCAGUGUUGAUGUAAGAUAGUCGUGGCCAUUACUGAAAAGAAGCCUGAAGGCUCGUGUCUGUGCCAAGGGCUCAAAUAAAGCUUGAGGGGUUUGUUCCAGACAUACCAAGCCUUUUGUGUGCACGUGUGUGUGUGUGUGUGCAUGCGUGUUUGUAUCUGGAAACUGAUGGUCUGCCGGCAGACUGCGACUUGAAGCGAGGACCAGCAGGUGAUGGCAACACCAGACCUGGCAGGAGAGUGUUUCUGGGGGGGCGGUUGUUUUGUUUUUGGUUUUUUUUUUAGGUUUUGAUGGGCGGGUUGAGGGAUUUAAGUGCUAAUCCUAAAUUUAGAAAAAAUCUAAAAAAAACAAAAUAAAAAAAAAAAGGUGCAUUCGACGACACUCGUCAUGCAAAACGAUGACUUGAACUUCAACUGGAGGGCUAUCUGUGACCGUCGGUUGCCCCGUUCAACCCUACUAUCACCGAUAAUCCUGUUCCAUUUUAGAAAACUGUAGAAGUGCCUAAAAAAUUCUCAUCGACUACAACACACACACACACCUGGAGCGGAUCACCAAGAGUCUCAAACGUAACACACUGGCUGUCAGAUAUUACGUGGACUUCUCUAUGAAGACAUCACACUCUCAUUAACAUCACAAGUGACUUUAACGAAACGAGAGAAAUUAAAACGACAAAUCAAAAAAUAGCUUUGUAGAAUGUUUGGUGACUUUGGCGGUGUACCAUCGUUUCUUACAUCGGUUGGAGUAGUUUACAUGAGGAACGUGAGUGAGAAAACCAUGUAUUGUAAACUGUGUAAUGUAUGUAAAGUGUCUUUUUGUUUAAAAAAAAAAAGUUUUUAUUCACGGUUCUAGAAAUGUAUUCAGACUUAUUUAAAGUUUGUGUUGUCUACUAUCGAAGCGUUGGAACCCUCCCCGAAAACCCACCACCUCCACCUCUCAAUCAGCCAAGUCAUAAAAUGUUAUUUUCCACUAAUAUCUUCCAAUGUAUUUUCCUUUUCAUGAUGCUAAAUUCAUUUAUUUUAUUUUAAUUUGUCUAAAUUCUGAUGUAAAUUCAUGGUGCUUGAUGAACAUCGACAAUCCAUACGUUUUCGGUGUCGUUCACACACACUUGUGGAAGGUGGUGAGAAGUCCUGUUUUGUUGUAAUUUAUCUUAUGUUACUCUUGGUCAAAUUUUAGUCAAAAACAAUGUUGUAAACUAUUCUGUUUUGAAAUGAAUGUAAUUUAUUGAGCUCUGCUACGUUCUGCACAGUUGAUCAUUUCGAAGAUCUGACCCAUCAGAAAUGAGAAGUGGCCCAACGUUGAAGGCUGGCGGCUUUAAAAGCUGCCGGAUCUUUCUUGCCUUCUCAUAGUUUUAAAAAGAUCACGGUGUUGCAGGAAUGAGCAUAGUCAUAGGUUUGCUUGUGUUGUUGGGAAAAAAAGAAAAAAAAAAAAAAGAAAAAGUUUAUUGUAUAGAUAACAUUUUACCAAAAAAAAAAAAAAAAAAAAAAAAAAAAAAAAUGGAAAGAAAACUAAAAAAAAAGAUGUACUUUUCACUCUAGUAUGAUAGUAUUUCAUAACAAUAUUAAGUUGUUGCUGUGGCAACCAAAUGUUGCAAUUACUAAAGUUCGGUAUUUUUGUAAAUGACACUGUUAAGUUGAUUUAUGUUUUUUUUUUUUCUUUUUUCUGCUAGAACACUGUAAACAAGGUAGAUUGUAAAGACGAUAUGAACAUUUCUUAUUCUUCACUGAGAUUAUGACAAUGACCUGAUAUUUUCAUUAGCAAUUAACAGCCUCUAUAGCGCUGUGACUGUAACACUUAUAGAUUACAAGUCAUCAAUGUUAUAUAGAUUACACAUAAAUAUAAAUCUAUAUAUAAAUGUAAGAACUAAAUAUUCUAUAAAUUAAUAAGUUUGGAUGUACAACUCCUCCCCUGACAAAGGACCUUUAAGUUCCACACUGAGACAUUUUUAUUAGUUUUUAGGAUUGCACUUUGUUUAAAAUUCAGUUUUUUUUUUUUCCUUUCUUUUGACGUUUUUCUUGGUCUCAGCACUCAGUUUGUACGGUCAUCAGUCAAUAGCAGUAAUUAACUUUAAUUCAACGUGAUGUUGCAUGGGGAAAUAAGGAUUUCUUUUACUAGAUAAUAACGAACUGAAUGUUUCCAGUGGAAAAAGAAAAAAGAAAAAAGUACAAAAAUGUCCUCAUUUGGUGACUGACGGCACCCUUGUGGAAGGAAUCCUUUUAGAUGUUCCUUGAAAUGUGUUUGCAAUGAUUGACAGAUGGUAAAUUUAGAUAAAAAGACAAAUGUAAGCACUUUCUGAGCAGUUGGUCAACUGAGCAGACUCAGCUUAUACAAACACUUUGCCUUAUCUUGAGUCCAUCGUGCUUAGGGUUUUAUGUUUUUAAGAGCUCUUAGGAAAUGUAUUAAAGAGACUUGAACAGCUCUCCUCUCAAAUUCCUUCUGAAUUUAAUUUCAAACAUGAAUCUUUAUAUCUGAAAUAAUUUUUUAAGGUUUUAAUGUGUGCACCACGAAGCCAAAAGGGAGGGGGCGCUGUAACAGAACAGAACAGUCAUUGGUCUUUACUUCUGGUCUCCUGGAUUUAUAGUGACGUCUUUUUUUUCUUCUUUUUUUUUUUUGUCCCAUUGCCUUACAAUGGAACGACAGUGGAGCGUGUAAUUCACAGUUUAAGCCAGCAGAGGUCACUAAACCAGAGUCUGGAGGUUAGGAAGCAGCUUUGUCAUGAUUGUUGCAGUCUACCUUACCAACAAAGACAUGAAAGUAAACUGACAAGAAGACCCUCACAGGAUUUAUAGUUUCAGUGUAAUCCUUUUAAAUGUAUUCUUUUUGCAUAUAUUUUGUGCUCUUUUAUGUUUAUAUAGUCAGAUGUUUCUUUGGUUCCAGCAAGAUAGUGUAAAAUCUAUUGAAAGAAAGAAAUAAAGAAAAUUAAAUAAC